AUGCAAAUUUCGCCUAGGGAUCGGGCUGUACUCAUCACCGGGUGUGACUCUGGCUUUGGUCAUCUACUAGCCGAGAGAUUACACGCUAUGGAAUUCACCGUCUUCGCCUGUUGCCUACAACAUGAGAAAAGCGACACUGCAUUAGGUCUACUCAAACUUGGUGCACAAACGGGACGGAUGCAUGUCAUAAGAAUGGACGUUACAAGCCAAGAAGAUGUAGAUAAAGCCCUCAGAUUUGUAGAGAUGCGUCUCCCGAAAAAAGGUCUUUGGGGCAUCGUUAAUAACGCUGGACGAUACAGGGCAGGAUAUCUCGAAUGGCUCUCUAUGGAAACUCAUGAAACGGUAUCAUCGGUGAACGUGCUGGGCGUUAUGCGUGUAACGAAAGCUUUUUUACCACUCAUCAGCAAGAGCCAAGGAAGGAUAGUUAACGUUUCGUCAAUUCUGGGCCGUGUGGCAGAUCCGUUUCUAGGUGCCUAUUGUAUAAGCAAAUUCGCCCUUGAGGCCUUCUCCGAAAUCCUUCGCUUUCAGAUGGUGCCUUUUAAAGUGAAGGUGAACACCAUCGAGCCGGGCAACUUCUUGGCGGCCGUCAAUAUUACUGCUGGCAUAGAGAGUUUAAAUGCCACGACUCGUUCAGCCUGGGAUCAAUUGGAUGAACCUGUACAAAAAGAUUACGGGAAGAGUAGUCUAGAACGACAGCUUCGCAUUGGUGAAAUACUUCUAGCUUUAUCAGACAGAGAUAUCAGUUGUGUUAUCAAUGCCAUGUCGGAUGCCCUCGUUCGAUUACAUCCCAAAAAACGAUACUUAGAAGCCACUCGAUUUGACAAGACGCUUGCUUGCUGUGUUCGGUAUUUACCUACCAUGAUAACCAAUCGCCUGAGACUCUCAAUUCACAACCAGCUGCUCAAUUUCUACGAUAAAGACAAAUGGAAGAAGUUCGUGGAAAGGUGUGAUUAA